AGCCAUCUUGAAUUUGGCAAGCUAUCAUUCUUCUGGACCUGACAAUGUUUCGUAAGAAGAAAAAGAAGAGGCCGGAUAUCUCAGCACCGAAGAACUUUGAACAUCGGGUGCACACCUCAUUUGAUGCAAAGCGGGGCUGCUUUGUGGGCCUGCCAACCCAAUGGCACAGUCUGAUAGAGAACCUCCGCAGGCCCAAGCCCAUGGUGGACCCUUCUCAUAUCACCCCUGUGGACCUCAAGCCAAAGAAGACCAUCGUGCGCGGGAGUAUGAUCGGCCACGGCGACUACAUUUCGGCAAUGAUUUCCGACAUGAGCCGGCUGUCCGUGACGAGCUCCAACUCCUUGAGGAAGAGCAGCCCCUCGUCCAGGAAGAGGGCCCAGUCCCUGGGCAGGCUCGGGGAGGUGACCGAGGGGGACGCCUACCAGUAUGAAGGCCUGGGAGAGGACGAGCUGCAGCGGCAGUGGAAGGACAGGGCCGGUAACAUCCACCGUGGGUCUGGGACGCCCCGCGCGGGCGUAACCCUGCAGCCCAACGGUGUCCUCCCCAGGGCUAAGUCCACCUACGAGGUGAGUGUCAGCUCCCUGGAAGGACCCCCGGCCCCCGUGCAGGGGCCCAUUAGGGGGACUUAUUUCGGCUGCGAGCUGGGCAGUCCGACGGAGAGACUGGUCGUGAAGAGAGACUUCCAGGUGCCUCAGGUUAUGCAACACAACCAGAGGCCUGUCUCGUGCUUCUACAGCCCAGCCAUCGCCGUCCAGCAGACCAGUUCCGACCGCAGUGGUAACCCCCCUCCAGAGUACCGACCCAACCUCUACAUUCAAUCCCACAACAGCCCUGGCAGACCUUAUUCCUCCUAUGACCUGAAGGCAGAGUCGGCUCUGAGGCACCACCAGUCAGGCUUUCUACCAAACACCACCAGCAGUCCCUUUAUGAGUGGCAUCCGACCCCACCGGACGGUGCGCUCCUCAGCCAGCUACACCCUGGGUUUGUCCCCUAACAUGGGCUUGAGACCUAACGGCCCUGAACCCUUUCUGAGACACUCAGGCUGCCCUAACACCCCCUUUCCCAGGCAGGACAGCCCCUCCCAGCCCCGGCCCUCCCCCACAGGCUCUCUGGCAACCAGCCCCCCAGGUACAUGCUCUCCUGCCUUCAGGCCGCCCCAGCAUCCCCAGAAGCCCCCGCCAGACCCCCCCAAGGUGACCCAUGAACAGUUUAAGGCAGCCCUGCACAUGGUGGUGGACAAGGGCGACCCACGGUCCUACCUGGAGAACUUUGUGAAGAUCGGAGAAGGGUCCACCGGGGUGGUGUGCAUCGCUCGCGAGAAACACAGCGGCAGGCAGGUGGCCGUGAAGAUGAUGGACCUGCAGAGACAACAACGCAGAGAGCUGCUUUUCAACGAGGUGGUGAUCAUGAGGGACUAUCAGCACAGGAACGUGGUGGAGAUGUUUAAGAGUGCCCUGGUGGAGGAGGAGCUCUGGGUCAUCAUGGAGUACCUCCAGGGCGGAGCACUAACCAACAUUGUGUCGGAAACCAGGCUAAGUGAGGAGCAGAUAGCCACAGUGUGUGAGGCUGUGCUCCAGGCUCUGGCCUACCUCCACUCCCAGGGCGUGAUACACAGGGACAUCAAGAGUGACUCCAUACUGCUCACACUGGACGGAAGGAUCAAACUGUCCGAUUUUGGGUUCUGUGCUCAGAUUAGUAAGGACAUCCCCAAGAGGAAGUCUUUAGUGGGAACGCCCUACUGGAUGGCACCGGAGGUGAUCUCUAAAUCCCCAUACGGCACUGAGGUGGACGUGUGGUCUCUGGGCAUCAUGGUGGUUGAGAUGGUGGACGGUGAGCCUCCCUACUUCAGUGAGACCCCGGUGGCAGCCAUGAGAAGGCUGAGGGAUGAGCCGGCUCCCACUGUACGGAAUUCCACCCAGAUCUCCCCGGUGUUAAAGGACUUCCUGGACCGCAUGUUGACCCGUGACCCAGUGGAGCGGGCCAGCGCCACCGACCUGCUGGAACACCCCUUCCUGCUGCAGAGCGGCACUCCACAGUGCCUCGUCCCCCUGGUGGAGCUGUACCGCAAGCGCAUGUCCCGCUGCUGAUGCCCUGGUGGAGCCUGGCUCCCGAUCACUACUGUACCCUCCCGGAGUGUCACGUCCCAGGCCCAAACCCACCCAACGCCCAGCAGGGUGGGCGGGUGGGAGCACCAGAGAGCACGUCCAGAACCAGAGAGCAUGGGACCCCAUGACUUUCCUGGAAAACACUGGCAAUUGUUACGCCGGACUCUCCUGGCUGUAUGAGAACGAAUGAACCCGAUUCUGCCGCAGGGACCACGGCAGCAGGUGAGACGUUGGUAGACACACAGCAUGGGCUUGGAAACCUAAGAAGCACUUUAGCAGCAAGUUGAUGUAGUGUAACGACAGCAUGCUAACAAACAGCAUUCCUCACUCGUCUCAAUAAUGUCUGGGCCUACCUGUGGUAUACCGAUGGAAUUCCUCUAGACACAGUACAACACAGUAGCUUUGGUGCAGUAAAAGACUUAGAAUCCAAGGGAAUUAUGAAGUGUAUUGAGAACCUUUACUGUUUCCCAUCAUAGUGCUUGGAUACUAGUUGUGUAUUUUCAGCUAUAGGCUCAAGUUAUGGUAGCUCAUGACUUGAAGAAGAAGUGUGAUGUUGCAUACCUCUGACAGCUGGGACUUUGAGUGGAACAUUGCAUCUUGUAGGUGAGCAGUUUGCAUGGCCAAACGAAGGCACACCUGGCCUAAUUGGAACGUGAGAUAUCAGAGACAUGAGAAACCGGCGUACAAGGACACAGUGACAGAUGUAAAGUUGGUGUUUUGUUUUUACCAGGCUGAAGGAAUCACGUUCCUUUAUAUAUUUAUUCUAUUUUGCUUUUAUGAAAAGUGUUGUGAACUGUUUGUAAGAUGUGAAAUUGCAAAUAAACUUACAUUUUUAGAUUAUCAACCUGAAUUGUAGCAGAUGAACAAAUAAUGUAAAUAGAGAUAUUGUAAAUGAUGACUUAAUACAGAGCUGUUGUGGUUACAUGGGAUGAAAUACACCUUAUUUGGAAAGGGUGUGUGUUUAUGUCUGAAUGCUGUGUUAAACAUCCCUCCCACUGUAUUGUGACCGACUGAACCACUGAACGUGAGUAGCUGCUGAAAAUGUGUAUGACAGUAUUUGCAUUGGUUUGCGUAGAUAAAGCACACAGGCUUGGCAUGUGAUGCUGAAGAACGUCCACCAGCUGACAGCACAUUGCACAUAAUCUUUGUAUUCUUACCAGGGAUACAACAUACUAUGUCAUGUAUUUGUAUUUCUAUGUAGGACAUUAAUGAAAAGAGAAUUAUACAUUAUUUACAUUUUGUAAAAAUAAAUAAAUGAUGCACAUUGA